AUGGAGCCUUUCCGUUUCAUUGGGAAUUUGGCACCUUCGAAGUACAAGUAUGUGCCUACGUACAUCCGGGUUAUCCAUAGUCUUCCACACCUUGUGCUUCUGGUGGGCACUGGCGCAACCUUGAUGUUGAUGGUUCGCAUUAUCAUGGAAUAUCGAAAUUGGUACAACGUCCAACACACCAACACGGACAUUGUUGUGUUUGUCCUAUGCUUUUCGUAUGGCCUGUUUUGUUUGCAGCAGUUCUUCAAGCACUUGGUCGAGUACAGCGUUGAUUUGCAAACGCGAUCCGUCAGAUUGCAAGCCAGCAAGCAUCAAGUGUCGCAGACCUUCAAUGAGACAGUCACUGAUUUGGAUGCCAUGUUGAACAAAUCCGCUGACACGCAGGCUGCGCUCGCAGAGCGGGGCUUGGAUUCCCACAGGCGCGAUUUUCAUGCCUUCCUCCUCAAGGGCAUGGCCAGGAGAUUGUCUGGAUCUGCUGCAGGCAUCUCAACGCAGAGCUUCAUAUCUUUCAUGAUUCCCUACCUCGAGAUAUUCAAAGAAUGCUCAGUGGAUCCAAUCGGGGAGCCCUACAUCCUGGCAACGACAGAAGAAUUGCAAGAGAAGUGCUCCACACCCGGUCAGGUCGCUGAGCUCGUGGGAAAUCGAGCAAAGGGAAAGGAGGUCAAGUUUCUCAGCCAUCAGGUGGAGGAAGCCAAGAAGAAGACCUCGGGAUUGCGCCAAAAGUGGAAGAAGGUCACCCAUGUGCCAAAAAAGGUCCUGAAAUUGACGGGCAUCUCACGGUUUUUCAAGAAGAGAACGAAGAGUAGUCAAAAGCCUGCAGAUGAGGAAGAGGGAGCGUUUGGAAGCUUUUCGCACGAUGCUGUUACAGAGCCUCGCGAGCUGAAGUGGUUCCGGUUUGAGCCCGGCUGUGGUAUCGGCAUGGAGACAACGGCAGACGAAGAAGAUGGGCCCUAUCCGAUCCAAGUUAAAGGCUUCGUAUUCACGUGCACAGUGCUUUCGGUUGAGCACGUUCGGUUGUUGCUCAGCUUUGUUGCCGGGCUUCCGCUGCUUAUCCUGAGUUUUUUUGCGGUUUCGGAUCCAUCGCGAGCAUUGAUUCUCAGCAUAGGAGUCGCAUUGAUCUGUAUACUAUUCGUGUUGCAUGACUUUCUCGAAAUCGAUGCAGUGCAGCGAAUGGAGAUACAGAUCCAGGAGAUGCAGGCUGCCGUGGCUAUGGUUCAGCAACGACGUGAGAAGAUGCUUGAGUUCUUUGGAAAGGUUCACCAGCUGGCUGACCUGUGGCUUUUUCGCACCUUGCCGCGGCUUGAGCUGAUGAAACUGCUUGGUGAGUCGCUUCAGGACGCCGAAGACGCUGAUGUUGCCAAGCUCAUGGCAGAUAUCACUUCCAAGGUGAGCGAGCUCGAAGCCUCGUUGAUUACGCUUUCAGAUUGGAACUGCGACGAACUGCCUCGCGAGAGCAAAAAGCAAGUGGCGGAUGCCAUCACAAAGCUCACGAGAUUGCUUGCGGAGCAAACCUUGGAGCAGAUGCCUGCAGCUUCCAAGGAGCUAUCUCAACUGAGAGCGGCCGCCUUGGCGACAACCGCUUAG